UCUCAGUGAGAACUGAGAGGUGGCUCAGUGAUUGAACUGUCCAACGAAUGCAGGUGAAGACUCAUUGAAGAAGUUUAUUUGUUCUUAUAGCUUACGACGUGGUUUAUCAGUCACAUAUUCAAAUUACGUAUAUUAGCUAGCUAUUGCUAUUUUAAUUGCUUUUAUUUAAAAGCCCAACACGUGUUAAGAAGGUAGAAAAUUGACGUAGCUGGCUGAUAUUAGCUAGCUAGCUAACUUGGUAGUUAAGUUACAUGUCAUGGACAGAAUGAAUAAAGGCAAAGUUGUGAACCUCAGAGACAAGAUCAGUGACAAUGAGAUGGAUCUCAGCCUGUGUAACUUGACGGAUGUGCCCGUCAAAGAACUGGCUGCCUUCCCUAAAGCCACAAGGCUGGAUCUCUCCUGUAACAACCUUACCACCCUUCCCCCUGAGUUUGGCAGCCUGGGCCACCUAGUGAAGUUGGACCUUAGUAAAAACCAACUGGUCAGUCUGCCGGUGGAGUUGGGCCGCCUGGUCAGCCUGCAGCACUUGGACCUCUACAACAACAAACUCACCUCACUGCCCACCAGCAUGUCCCAGCUCAGGAACCUGAAAUGGCUAGAUCUGAAGGAUAACCCCCUGGAACCAACUCUGGCCAAGGUGGCAGGAGACUGUCUGGAUGAGAAACAGUGCAAGCAGUGUGCAUUCAGGGUUCUCCAGCACAUGAAGGUCCUACAGGUAGAAGUGGACAAAGAGCGAGAGCGCCGUCUUCUUAAGGAAAGAGAACAAGAAAAGAAAAAAGAAGCACAGCAGAGGGCAAAGGAGGCAAGAGAAAGAGAAGCACGUAAACGAGAGAAAGCGGAGGAGAAGGAGAGAAAGAGGAGAGAGUAUGAUGCUCAGAGAGCCGCUCGUGCUCUCCAGGAACAGAAAGUGAAGGAGGAGAAAUCUGCUGAACCAGAGCAGGCUCACACCGUGGUGGAGAAGGCCGUCCCCAAGACCAAACGCUCCCUCCUGGCUGUGCUGCUGAAGCUGCUGCUGCUGCUGCUGCUGGGUGUGUCUGCCGCUGUGGCAAUAUGUCAGCUGACUGACCUGCGGAGGGAAGAGGCCUGCACGCCCCUCAAUGUGCUGUUUGAGAGGGCACUGACUUGGGCACAGGGCCAAGAGGUGGUAAGGAUGAUUCUGCAGAAACUCUCUGAGCAGCAGCCCUGAGAUCCCAUUCCCAACCCUCCAUAUCUCCCAGGGCCUUGGCUUGCAGUGGAAGCUAAAGGGUGGCCAUGCACCUAAAAUUCCUAUGGAAUUGAUUUUUCCCCUUCGUUUUGUUUUUAAUUAAAAGCUUAAAAAGAUGACCAGCAAAUUAUUUCAAGGCAGUUUGUCAAUUAAUCCUGCCGUUGUAUCGUCUUAAACUUGUUGACCUGUUGAGUGGAACAGGUUACGCUUAUUUCUGCACUGCACAACUUGUUCUAAGGGUUAUUGUUGUCAUUGCCUUGUAGCCUUACGCGUAACCUUUGAUGUAUUGUGUAUGUUCAUAUGAGCGAUGUACCAUAUACAGUAUGUAUGUGGAAAUGCAGUGAAACCUCAGAUAAAUGUGCUUUGUUUCAAACAUUUUUCAACAUCUUAAUGCAUGUUUGCAGUUUAAGUACAUUAAUGCCAUGUUUAAUAUGGAGAAUCUGAUUCCUGAAAGUGCCACCGAACGUCUAUCUGUGAAACUCGAGCAAAAGGCAACAUGAAUGUAUGUCUGUGUCUUCCACUACUGCAGAGAGUACUGCCUUCCAGAACACUGCCUGAGGGUGUGGUGUUCAGUGUGCUGAUAUAAUAUUCUGUCCAGAACACACGCAGCGUAAGCUGAGGGCAUAUAAGAAUUAUAGUUUUGUCUUCCUGGCAUGCUUUUUGUAAUGAGGACAGAGGAUCUUGAGCUAUGCAUCUCAUUUGGUGUGGACAUCUACACCCAGUACCUGCAAGUAUGGGAUCUUGAAAAGUAGGCUGGUCUUGGGUUGAGUUACACUACUGUUCAGCAGUGUCUCCCUAAAGUCAACUGGAAGAAAUGGUAUACGUCAGGAUGCUCGCUGUAAUACUUCUCUCUGUAAGUCUUUGAGGAUAAUUGGCAUCAAUAAAUAUCUCGGCUGAAGGAA